GGCCUGUUCAACCAACUUCCGCUAGCCGUCAUGGCGCUCCACUCUCUUGUUUAUAGUGACCAGCGUCUGUUGAUUGUUCGUAGAAUGUAGACUUGCUUGCGAGUAAUCGGUACCGUUGCUUUACCUCGUUUUCGCCUUGCUUAGCCGACACUUCUCAUAGCUCACCAUGGCGACCAAGAAAAAAGCGCUUGAAAUGCGCCGCAGCACCGCGGCGCAGUUUUUUAUGGACGAAGAGCAAGUUGAACAGAAGUCCACCAGCGAACGGGUUGUCGAACUCAUCAACUUUGCUGCAUUAAAUCAAAGUAUUAAGGACCACCAUAAAGUAAACAACCUUCGUCAGGUCCAGGAGCUCAUCGUCUACAAGGAGCCGGACCUACUUGACAACUUCCUCGAUGAAAUGCUUGCAUUCCAAAAUGAUAGAUCAUCGGAGGUCCGAAAGUUUGUCGUGGGAUUCAUAGAGGAGGCAUGCAAACAAGAUCCAGACAUCUUCCCAAAAGUCUUGGCCAAUCUGCGCAUGAUGUUUCGGGAUGAAGCAGUUGCUGUGCAGAAGAGGGUAAUUCAGGCCACCACACAACUGUACAAAGUAGCAUUGCGAUGGAUAUGCCAGGCCAAGAAAGUUGAUGACCUCAUGGAAACGUCUUGGGAAUACAUCAAAAGCCUCAAGAACGACAUUGUCUCUCUUCUGGAUUGUGAUAAUGAUGGUAUCCGGACUCAUACUAUCAAGUUUAUGGAAAUGCUAGUCAUACUGCAAACUUACCCGGAUGGUGACAGUCCAAAGAAAACAGCAAAUGAUUUUGCUCUCGACGAUGUUCCGUUGACACUGAAGAUCAUCAAGCCUCGAAAGCUAGAAGAAGAAGCAAAGCAAGUUUUUGAUGCACUUGUUGUGUUUCACGGGACACCACACAUCUCAAGCAUCAACUUGAUGACCUGUAUGCAAGCUCUUGUGCUCAUUGCAAAGCACAGGUCAGAGUUCAUGUCAAGAGUCAUCCAGGCACUAGAAUCACUUCACGCUAACCUGCCACCAACAUUAGCCAAGUCUCAAGUGAGCAGUGUACGAAAGCAUCUCAAGCUUCAGUUACUGAUCCUCAUGAAGCACCCUGCUGCCGUUGACUAUCAUGGCCAAGUUAGCACACUGCUAACCGACCUCGGAGCCACACCUCAGGAGAUCUCAAAGAGCAUGCCCAAACCAGAAGAAAUCAAGAAGCGAGCACGCCUCAUCGAGGAGGGCAUAACGGCCGCACCUGGAAGUGCCACGGCACCACCAAGUGUCAAGCGAAUAAAACUUGAGGCUGAAGAAGAGGAAGAAGAAAAGGAGGAGGAAGACACCUCAACAAUAUCGAAGGCAGCCACCAACACAGCCAUUGACAUCACUGCUGAAGAUUUGGUGCCGCGGCUGACAACCGUGAACGUCACCGAUAUCGUCCUUGUGAGCAUGCUUUCACUGCCAGAGACGAUGCCUGCACACUUCCAAGCAUCCUACACUCCCAUUGCUGUAGCAGGCACAGAGACCCAGAUCAAGCACUUGGCAAGGCUCAUCUCGACCCAGAUGACUGCCGCGGGCUUGGGCAAGGGAGUUGAGGAGAUGAUCGCCAAAGCCAAGGAGCAGCAGCUGCAAGAGGAAGAGGCCAUGCAAACGGAUGAAGCAGCGCAGCCAAAGCAGACAAUUCAGACACUCCUAGGUGGAACCACAGCAGAUGCCAAGAAGAAAGAGGCCAAGAAUACAGUUCUUGUUCCCACAGGCUUUGAGGGAAAAAGUCGAAGACUCCGGCAACUCAACUUGGCAGACAUCACUCGACCCCUUUCCGAAGAGGAAAUGACCCAGAUGCUUGUUUCCACAGUUCGGAGGAUUCUUGAUGCUGGCCGUGAAUCAAAGGCACUCAACACCAGCAUAUCACCAGUCCAAGUCAAGAUUCUUGCUGGAUUGGCAACCCAGUUUGGAGGAGAAAUCAGUGCAAUGCUGAAGGAGUACAUCUUGGAGGACCUUCGCUCGCACGUCGACAUCGCCCUAGCUUGGCUGUAUGAGGAGUAUGCGCAGUUGCAGGGGUUCCUGCAGGGCGGCACGGUGAAUCCUAUGGAAAAGUGCACCAGCAGUGACUCAUAUGUACACUGCCUCACCAACUUGCUCAUGGACAUCCUGCAGAAGUGCGAGACACGAGACCGGGAUGCGUUGUUCAGCCGCUUCUUUCUGGAGAUACCAUCCAUCACAUCAGAAGCACUCAUAAUUCUGAAGCAGUACUGCCAAAAUGAGUCUACAGUGUCCAAUGGGCUGUCGAUCCUGAGAUCACUGGUGGACUACCGGCCUCCAGGACAGAUUGAGUACCUGCAGAAACUGCUUGAACUGACCGUCUCUCAGAAUCAAGAAGUGCGGCUACAGGCAGCAAAGCAUGCCAAGCAGCUGCACGAACGGGGCAAUUUCAGGCCAAUCAUUGAGGACUUUGCAUUGAUGUACCUGAGGUAUCUUCUGGAACCUUCACCUCCACAGCACUUGUUCCACGGCUGUCCGAUUUGGACAGAAGACAACACCAAGAUCUGCAUGCAGCUGUACAUAAACCUUCUGCCUGUCAAUCACAAGCUGAUCCAUGACCUUGCUGUUGUGUACGUGGGUGCCAUUGCUGAAAUCAAGAGGACCAUUCUCCGUGGCCUUGAAGGACCUGUCAAAGGCAUGGGGAUGUCCUCCCCAGAGCUGCUGCUACUGGUGGAAAACUGCCCAAAAGGGGCGGAGACACUUGUCACUCGCAUCAUCCACAUUCUCACCGACAAAACUCCACCAUCAUCAGAAUUAGUGGCCAGGGUCAGAGACCUUUACCACAAGCGUGUGUCUGACGUGCGGUUUUUGAUACCAGUGCUGAACGGCCUUUCAAAGAAAGAAGUGAUAGCAGCACUCCCCAAGCUGAUCAAGCUGAAUCCCAUCGUUGUAAAAGAAGUUUUUAAUCGGCUACUUGGUAGCCAUGCCCGACAUUCAAAAUACCUUGAAUCAACAGCAACCUUCACAAGUCCAGUGUCUCCUGCUGAACUGCUGGUGGCGCUACAUAACAUUGAUCCUUCCAAGUGUGAUGUCAAAACAGUCAUCAAAGCAACAUCCCUGUGCUUUGCGGAGAAGCACAUCUACACGCAAGAGGUUCUGGCAGUGGUCAUGCAGCAGCUGAUGGAGCAGAGCCCCCUGCCCACCUUGCUUAUGCGCACAGUCAUCCAGUCUCUCAGCUUGUACCCAAGGCUGUUGGGCUUCAUCAUGAACAUCUUGCAACGACUGAUCACCAAGCAGGUGUGGAAGCAGAAGAAAGUAUGGGAGGGCUUCAUCAAGUGCUGCCAACGGACCAAGCCACAGUCACUGCAGGUGCUUCUGCAGCUGCCCGCUGAGCAGCUGCGAAACGUGUUCCAGGUCAGCCCCGACCUUCAGCAGCCACUGGUUCAGCACGUCAGUGCCUUCACCGACCACCAGAAAGCACACAUACCGGAGUCUAUCUUGGAGGUGCUCAACCUGAGCAGGCCCAAGUCGGAGAGUGAUAAGUCAAAGUCAGCAGAAAAAGAUAAAGAAUCUAGCAAGUCUAUCGCCCUAAAGAUGAAAAGGGAGUCAUCUCGAGAAUCCAGAGAUUCUAGAGAAGCCAGAGAUUCAAGGGAUUACGGCAGCAGCCGCUCAGAAAGAGACAGUUGGCGACCUUCAAGCAACACCAAGAUCAGGCUGGCAACAUCAGAUGAUGGAGGGGGAUCCCAAGAACUUGACUUGUAAAUCUGGGGAUGACACACGUGGUAGUUGUGACUGUGAAAUAAUCAAGAAUAAAUAUGUUGGUGUUACAACAUGACAA